AUGAUUCAUUUUAAGUGCAGACAAGAGUGUUAUCCAUUUAGUAAAAUAAAAAGAUUCAUUAUUCCGGAUGAAAAAGUACCAUGGCAUGCAAAAUUUCCAGAGUACAAUCCUCCUUAUUACAAUGCUCCAAACAAAAGACACAUUAACAGGAAAAGUUUUAUGAAACCAUAUACAGUUGAUAAUGGCUAUCCACUGAACCCAAUCGGGCGUACUGGCAUCAAAGGUAGAGGCUUAUUAUGGCACUGGGGACCUAAUCAUGCUGCGGAUCCAAUAAUUACCCGCUGGAAGCGAGAUAACUUAGGAAAUAUCAUAAAACAUGAACUAAGCAAAAAGUCUAUUUUGCAAUUUGUCGGGAUCGAAAGAAGAGAUUCAGGACAAUGGGCCAUACCUGGAGGCAUGGUAGAUGCAAAUGAACUUGUCUCGGCUACCUUGAAAAGAGAAUUCAUGGAAGAAGCCGUGAAUGCGUUGGAAAAAAGUUCGGAAGAAAUUAAAACAUUCCAAAGUUCAAUUGAUAAUUUGUUUAGCAGUGGGUUUAAAAUUUACGAAGGAUAUGUUGAUGAUCCACGUAACACUGAUAACUCUUGGUUAGAAACUAGUGCUUCUAAUUUUCAUGAUGAAGACAGUAGUAUUGUUGGUAAUAUUCCGUUUGAAGCAGGUGAUGAUGCUGCUAAUGUUAGGUGGAUCGAUAUGGACAAAGAUUUAGAUUUAUAUGCUAGUCACUCACAAUUUAUUGAGCUAGUUUCUCAGAAGCAUAAUGCGCAUUGGUGA